AUGGAUAGCAGACUUUCUAAGCUCGAAGCGCAGGCAUCAACAGCCGAGAAAGCGGUGCUUUCCCAGGCCAACGACAAGGCUGCGUUGGAAGCCACGAUCAAGAGCGCGGAGCUGUACUUCCAGGCUCUCCGUCUUGCUGACAAUCCCAAAGACAAGAAGAGACUUGACGCUAAAGUCAAUGGGCUUCUUGUACAGGCUGAGCGCCUUAAGCAAGGUCAAGAUGCGCGCCCUGCCGUGACCCAAACACCGCGCAAGCAGAAUCUCCAAGAACCCGUCUCGACACGGAAGCUGACCACGAGGGAGAACAUCAUCCUUCUGGAGGGCGGCAAACUGAACGGGUGCAAGUUCAAGCCAUGGACUGGUCCACCAGCCACUGAUGAAUUCGUCCACCGUGAGGGUGAAGCGCUUUUCACCGAUUCAUGUACUCUUCCUCUGUCUGCCACUCAGCUGGAGUCAUUUGAUGGUUGGAAGCGACCACAUCAAGCCCUCCCAUCUGUCUACAGCCAUGAAGGCAACCAGGAGGCUUCUGAGGAGGCCGCGGUCAUGCACCUGCCGGUGGCUAUGGACCUUGUACAGGACAUGACUUCGGACUGUUCAGUUGUUGCAAGUCUCUGUGCCUUGACUUCACGAACGGAACGUGGCUUCCCCAAGGUUCUUCGUACACUGAUGCAUCCCUCUGACGAUGCCACGGAUAAGUUGAUCAUCUCACCGAAUGGAAAGUACAUUUUCAGACUAUAUUUCAAUGGCUGCUGGCGAAGAGUGGAGAUCGACGACUAUCUACCUUCAUCCAGAACCAGCCGAGUACUACAUGUCAUUGACCGACGCCAUCCGCGGCUACUAUGGCCAGCCUUGGUGGAAAAGGCGUACUUGAAGGUUCGGGGUGGUUACGACUUCCCAGGAAGCAAUUCAGGCACCGAUCUAGCAGUUCUCACGGGCUGGAUACCACAGCAAGUCUUCCUGCAUGACCACGACGUGGAGCCAGAUUGCUUGUGGGACGAAGUUGUCAAGCAUUUCAACGAGGGUAAUUUGUUGGUGACCAUCGGAACGGGCAAAUUGCCUCGGCGCGAACAGCGACAACUCGGCCUCGCGGCAGAGCAUGACUACGCUGUGUUGGAUAUCACUGUCAACGGCGGUACGAGGGAACUGCUAAUCAAGAACCCUUGGGCUGAUGGGGAUGUUUGGAAGGGCGCGGCUCGACGGCGGCCAAACGCGAUCGGGGGACCGGAAGUACAAGAGGUAGACGAAGACAAUGCCAUGAUGCCUGGCACAUUCUGGAUGGAUUUCAACAGCGUCUUCCAAUACUUUGAGAAUAUGUACCUCAACUGGAGCCCGGGUUUAUUUUCACACAGACAAGACCUCCACUUUUCGUGGACACAGGACAGCCCGCCUCCGGUCAGCCACCUGAUCGUCGAUAACCCCCAGUUCGCGGUUACUGCUUCGAAGACGGGCGAGAUUUGGUUGCUGCUCCAUCGGCACUUCCGCACGGGUGACUACUCUGAAGCAACGGUUGGCCAGAAUGGUUACAUUAGCCUCUACCUCUACACCCGGGAUGGCAAGAGAAUCCUCUCGAGCGAGGGCGCCAAAAUACGUGGACCGUUCGUGGACUCUCCCAACACGCUCUUGAGGCUCCAGGCCAGUGCGGGAGCAAUCUACACUGCAGUUGUGGUGUCUCAGGAUCUACCCCGGGGGAAGCUUAAUUUCUCCAUCUCGGCACUCGCUGGGAGCCCCGUCACAUUGUCAGAGGCCCAAAAUGAAUAUCCUCAAAAGUACGCGCUUCCUUCAGCCUGGACAAGAACGAACGCCGGAGGAAACUCGGACUCGCCAAACUAUUUUUCCAACCCGCAGUAUCAACUCACCUUGGACGCCCCUCAGAAGGUCGCGCUAGUGUUACGCGUUGCCCAGCCAGCGACAGCGGGCGACCCGAUGGCUGCAGCCAGUCCAUCAGCUGACAUCAGUGUCAAGAUACUGACGGUCUUCAGCAACGGUUCAAGGAUUACCCGGCUGCGACCCCGUGACGUCCUAGCGCAUUCAGGUGAUUAUCGAAGAGGGAGCGCAAUCAUAGAGACCGAGUUAGGACCGGGAACGUACACGGUCAUAUGCUCAACCUUUGAGAGUAAUCAGUACGCCGAGUUCUGCCUGGACCUACACUACUCGUUCUCUGCAAAACCACAACCUCUCCUCCAGUUACCAGCAGAGCAUGCCGGACGGUUACACAUUCAGUCGGCGCCGGCAAUCUUCAGCAAUGGCACAAAUCGGCUGCUUGCACCUCUUACGGCGCGACGGAUGAGCCGAGCAACACUCAUCGCUCGACACGACGCCCAGGGCUCUAACCAUGCGGACAAAGCGCAGUCCUCGCUUUUCAGAGCGACUCUCGAACAAGGCCAGGGACCAUACAAGUCCAUCAUUGCCAGCAGCGAAGUCGAUGACUCGUCGUUCAGCAGUUUGUCCUCCGUGAUAAGAAUGGACGAUGUGGACUUGCGACCUGACAUGUGUGGGCCGGCAACUGGAGGUCUGUGGCUUGUCCUGGAACGACUUGCUCCCCAAGAGGGAGAAGAGCAAGGAAAUGUAGGUAUACGUGGCAGGGAAGAGGUGUUGAAGGUCGACAUGUAUGCUGAUGAGAGGGUUGAAUUGGGCGCUUGGGGACGAGGAGAUGGCUGA